AUGAACAAGCCAGCAAAAAAACAGACAAAGUAUCAGGAAGAUGCUGAAGACGAAGCCUUACAACAACUAUAUCAGCUCUGUCCAGACCUUAAUGAUCAAAGUGUAUGGUUUUUUUCUACGCUCAAAAAGCAAAAAAUCAACGUUAGCAACAAUAUUUCUGAAGCCCAAUUGCAACAAACAAGUAUUGGGCAAAUAAUUAAAGGAAAAGAUUAUACGCCUUAUUUCAAAAAUAAUGAAAUCGUUACAUUACUUUCUAUUAAAAGUAUUUUAAUGAAAAUAUUAAAUGAUGAUUUAGAAUUGGUAGGCACAAAUUUAAUGGAGGGUGAAAAGUUUUUGUGUCUUGUAUCUUUUGAUACAAAUAUGAAAAAGGAACUUAAUAUCAAGGAGGCAUCUCGUGGAU